AUGACCGAUUCAGAGAUUACAACUUCUAAAACGGGCGAUGCUGAAUCAAUAGCUCCUGAAAGUACAUUAAGUCUGAAGCGUUGGCCAACUGAUUCUUCUUAUUACGACCUUGACCAAACACCCUGUGAUGGUAAACAGGGCCAAGUUUGGAUAUAUGCGAGGGAAGUUCGGGAGCAGCAAAAAGGGAUAUGCCUCUCAAAUACUCGACCUGACGUUCGUCGAGCCACGAAAGGCGUUCCCCGCCCGAAAUAUCCCAGUCCUUUUUGGAAUAAGGAGAAUUUGCUGUUGAGGACCAAGUCCAAACUUAUUUAUAAUCCGAAAGAGAGACGAAAAACUCCAGGCUGGUUUCAUCAUCCUUUGAUUCCCGGCCGUACCGAAACGUUUAAAGGCGAGUGCAAGCCCGGACUCAUCAGAAGUAUCUUCAACCCCCGAGAUCCUUCGAAAUUCGAUGUUGUUGUCCAUGUGAAAACAAAAGAGUCUAAUAAUGGAUUUAAGAAGGCGAUAUACCACCCAGCUGUCAAACAGGUGGACAAAAUAGGGGUGGUUGCGGAAAAUUCCAACGAAAAUUGA